AUGUCGUACAGUAUCCGCAAGUUGAAGCUUCUGGUGGAAGAUCCCAGUGGCACACUGCGGGACAACCUAGCCGUCGCGAAGCUUUUUCUCGCCUCCGAAGAUGACAGAGAGUUGGAGGAGUUUCGCAGCCUCUUGGACCGCGAGGUGCACUACGCUAACUUCUGGGGUGUGGUGCGUGGCCCCAUCGCUGCCCUUGCCGUGCUUGAGAAGGAGCGGACAGCGCUGCGCCUCACGUGGACUACGCGCGUAACUGCGAUCACGGCCAAUACAUUCGAACGACAAGGUUAUGCGCACUUCUUGUCUGGCGGGAUUGCGUCGAUCCCGGGUGUUGGGAACUGGUUCACAAGGUUCACACAGCAGCGCGUGCGUGAGUCGUUGGUGCUGAGGGACGGUAAGGUUGUGUUUCGUGACCUGAGCUUUCAGUGGGGCCUCGGUGUCCAUUGA